UGCAUGCUGUGCUUAUAAACCUCUGGCUGCUCUCCCUCAGCUGAUUUCCAGCGAGAACAGUCCCUUCGGUCGAUCAACCUGUGAGAAAGUGAAGAUAAUCUUCUUGGCAUCAUGGACGAUGACUUUGACCGCCGCAUGGAGCUGAGGAGGCAGAGGAGGGAGCAGAUGCGCGUUGAGACCGACAAGCCGGAUUGCGCUAAUGAUGAUGAUGAGGAGGAAGCUCGGGAGCAAAGAAGACGAGCGAGAGAGGAGAGGAAGAAGGGGACGAAGGAGUCAGAGGAGUCGGGAGGCCCUGAAGUGAUCGACACUAACAGGUAUGAGGAAAGUGCACAGCGUGUGGAAACCCCUGGAAGCAUCCGGUUUGUCCUUGAAUUGUCGGAAUGGUUGGUCAGGUCCGGAGAAGAGGAGGAGAAGAAAGAGAAGGAAGAGAAACCAAAGAAAUUUGGAUUCAAGGACAAGAACGAACCGGCCAAACUGAACACAGGACUCUUUGAGAAUAAACUGAAGAAAACAGAGAAGAGCCGGCAAAACGAUGCGGAGAGCGAGGAUCUGGAGAAGAUGAAGCAGAAGACGCAGAGCGCAGAGGCAGAGCUGGAGGAGCUGAAGAAGAAGAGGGAGGACAGGAGGAAGAUCGUAGAGGAGGAGGACAAGCUGAAGAAACAGCAGCUGGAGGACAAGAAAGCCAAAGAACAGGAAGAGAGGAAGAGGAUGAAGGAGGAGAUAGAGAAGAGGAGGGCAGAGGCUGCAGAGAAGAAGAAACAGAAGGAGGAAGAGUCUCCAAAUCCUGUGUUAGCUAUCACUCCCAAAGGCUCCUCAAAGAUCGGGGCAAAGGCAGAAUUCUUGAGCAAAUCAGCCCAGAAAAGCACCACAGCCAGAGCGUCUCACUCUCCAAUUGUGUCCAAGAUCGGCAACAGAAUGGAGCAGUACAACUCUGCCAUCCUGGGAAACAAAGACGUGAAAUCCCCCAAGUCUCCGAUGGCAGAUAUUCCUACAGGAGGAGCUCGCAGCAUAAAGAGCAUGUGGGAGAAAGGAAACGUCGGGGGCUCCUCUGAAAGUCCAGCCCCCGCCAACAAAGAUCUGGCUGGCAUCAAAGGAGGCGUGACUGGACGUGUCAACAGUUGGAUGGCAAAGCCUCCGGAGGCGGAGAAGACAGCAGCACCUGCACCAGCACAGCAGCAGCAGCAGCAGCAUCACCAGCAGCAGCAAAGCCAGCCGUAAGGCCUCAUAAAUCCUCCUCUUUACACGCACAUACACUCUAUUGUGAAUAAGACACCAGUGUUACUUCAAAAGAGUAAUCCGUUGAUAUUCUGCACAUGCUAAUGUGCUCAUUUGCACAUCAACAAGCCAAUCUUUUGUUGGCUGCAGGCAUUAUAUAUAUAUCUGAGAAGUUUGCUGCCUGGAGUCUAGUGACACCACAUGGACAGUUUCCUUCACAACAUCUGCUACUAAAGCCCCAACUCUCUCUGUGUAUUAUUCUUGACAUGAUGUGAAAGUUUUAACAUGUGUAUUUUAGCCUAAACAUGUGGAAAAUCAUCGGGUAGAAGAAUAUUAUACUCUUAUUGUUGGACAGUCGAACUACAAAGCUGAACAGCAGUAGUUGUGUGUGUGUCAGGUUGCUGAAUGCCAACAUGCCUGCUUGCAAUGCCAUUAAUUCAUCGCUCCAUACGUCAAUCACUUUAGACAAGAUUAUAUUACAGCCGUUACAGACCAGACUCCUACUUUUAAACAGUCCUCUUUUGUAUUGGACUCACU